GCUCAGGCUGUUCGCUGGUGGCUCCGUGCGGUUUUUAACACCCAGCUCUGCUACAAGCCGGGUUCGUCUCUCAGGGAGGUUUCACUCGCCGUCGCCAGGAGGAGUCGGCUCGCGUUCGGUCGGCACAAACAGCAACACGGCGGUUAUGGCUGCGGUUCGGACCCCGAGUGGAGACGUCUCGUUAGGCUGCCGUAGCCGUUAGCUCGCUGCUUUGGGUCCGCUGAGUUGUAGCUACAACAGGCUUUUUGUUCUGCUCCCGGACAGCCUCUGCAUGACAAACCGUCCCCACUGUUCAGAGCGGACAGGGCGGUAGUACAGCGGCUGCUUUAUUGGGAAACGUGUCAGGGAGACCACCACCCUCCUCAUCACCACCACCACCACCCUCCCAGGUUGUGAACCCCUGUCGCGGGGCUAACACCCCCGGUCAUCGAGCGAAUUCAUGGCCGGAAAUCCGAGGAGGGGCGCCGGACUCAUCGGGCUGAUGAAGGACGCCUUUCAGCCCCACCAGCAGCCUCUGCAGCCUCACCAGCCCGCUGUGGUCGAUAAGAAAAUGGUGGAGAAAUGCUGGAAGCUCAUGGAUAAGGUGGUGCGUUUGUGCCAGAACCCCAAGGUGGCGCUGAAGAACAGCCCACCCUACAUCCUGGACCUGCUGCCGGACACCUACCAGCACCUGCGCACCAUCCUGUCCAGGUACGAGGGCAAGAUGGAGAUCCUCGGGGAGAACGAGUAUUUCCGGGUGGUCAUCGAUAACCUCACAAACAAGACGAAGCAGACCAUGAGCCUGUUCAAGGAGGCCAAGGAGCGGAUGUACGAGGAGAACUCCCAGGCCAGGAGGAACCUGACCAAGCUGUCUCUGAUCUUCAGUCACAUGCUGGCUGAGCUGAAGGCCAUCUUUCCCAACGGCCUGUUUCAAGGGGACAACUUCCGGAUUACCAAAGCUGACGCCGCUGAAUUUUGGAGAAGGUCAUUCGGAGACAAAACCAUCGUACCCUGGAGGAUGUUCCGCCAGGCUCUGCAUGAAUUUCACCCCAUCAGUUCUGGUUUGGAAGCCAUGGCGCUGAAGUCCACCAUCGACCUCACCUGCAACGACUACAUCUCUGUUUUUGAGUUCGACAUCUUCACCCGACUCUUUCAGCCGUGGUCGUCUCUUCUGAGAAACUGGAACAGCCUCGCAGUCACACAUCCCGGCUACAUGGCCUUCCUGACGUACGACGAAGUCAAGGCUCGACUGCAGAGAUUCAUCCACAAACCUGGCAGCUACAUCUUCCGGCUGAGCUGCACUCGGCUGGGACAGUGGGCGAUUGGCUACGUUACAGCCGACGGGAACAUCCUGCAGACCAUUCCCCACAAUAAACCGCUUUUCCAAGCCCUCAUCGAUGGAUACAGAGAGGGAUUCUAUCUUUUCCCAGACGGCCGUGCGCAGAACCCAGACCUGACGGGGCUGUGUGAGCCUUCGCCUCAGGACCACAUCAAAGUUACUCAGGAGCAGUACGAGCUGUACUGUGAGAUGGGCUCCACCUUCCAGCUCUGCAAGAUUUGCGCCGAAAACGACAAAGAUGUGAAGAUUGAGCCCUGCAGACACCUGAUGUGCACUUCCUGUUUGACCGCCUGGCAGGAGUCAGAGGGUCAAGGCUGCCCAUUCUGCCGCUGCGAGAUCAAAGGCACGGAGCCCAUCGUGGUGGACCCCUUCCACCCCAAGGCCAGCGGGGCUUCCUUCGCCGGCUUCCAGAGCUCCAGCCGAGCCGAAGCAGCAGCAAACGAUGAGGAAGAGGACGACCGUCUGGAGGACCAGCAUCUGGUCAUGAGCAGGCUGGCCUGCAGUAGUAAGGUGGAACGUCCGGCGUCUCCGGUGUCUCAGCUGCCUCCGGUGCCUCCACGGCUGGACUUGCUGCAGCAGAGGUCCGCGCUGAGUCAGGGCGCCACAGCCAAGGUUGCGGUCACUCACAGAGACAAGCCUCUACCUCCCCCCCCUGCUGUGAGGGAGCUUCCCCCUCCGCCCCCUCCAGAGCGACCCUCGGUCCCCGUCCAGGACCCCAGGCUGCAGAGGAGACCGCUCCCCUCCACCCCUGACCAGCCCUCCUGGGCGGCCAACUACAUGGUUCCUCGGCCCGCCACCAAGGCCUCCCUGCCCCAGAGCAGCGGCACCAACGGGGAGGGCACCAGGCCCCAGGCAGCCACCAACGCCAUCUACUGCCUGACCACCAGGUCUCUGCCUUCAUCGGCGGCCUCAGCUGGAGAAAAGCCAUCGUCAGACAGUGAGGAGAACGAGUACAUGAGUCCCACCUCCUUGCCGGUCUCUGGCGCCCCCUGGGUCAUCGCGGGCUCCUUGGUGCCCCCCUCUCCUGCCCAGACAAACAACCACAACGACGUCAGUGAGGGGGGCGACGACGACUCUGAUGACCCUCAAGUGUACGAAUCCAUGUUCAACAUCCAGAGUCAGGCCGGCUCCUCUGACACAACGCAGGCCUCUGAUCUGGAACCCGACCAGCUUCAAGCUGUGGCCUCCCAGGACAAAAAGGAAGACAGCGAAGCGGAGGACAUCUACGAGUUCGACCGACCCCGCCCUGUGGCACCCCCCGCCCUCACCCGACGGAUCCUGUCUGAAAUCAGCUGUCCCUCCGCAGCCUUCAGCUCACUCAGCAUGGAUGCUUCAGUAGAAGCCGAAGCGUUUGCCGAGUCGGACCGGCCGCCCCGGCCCCUCCCACGCAGAGCCAACUCCGACCGCUGCCCUCGACCUUUCAACCGCGACCUUUCCGCUCCGCUGCCCGAACUCCCCGGCCCAUCGUCAGCCUCGCCGCCUCCUCCUCUCCCUCCCCCUCCGCCGCCUGCCGCUGCUGCCACCGUCACCGCUGGUAACCAGGCCCUGAACGGUGAGAUCGAAUGUCUGAUAUCCCAAGGCUACUCCAUGCAGGACAUCCAGAAAGCGCUGAUGAUCGCCCAGAACAACCUGGAGACGGCCAAAAACAUCCUGCGUGAGUUCGUCUCCGUCCCCUCCACGACCCACAUCGCCACAUAGUCACUCAGGUCCUGCCUCCUGUCUCCGCUUUGUGCCAUUAUUGUGGAUAGCAUUUACCGAGCACUUUUCCACGGGAAAACACCAGAUCUGAGGAAAAACAUCCAAAGUUAAUUGUAAUCAACUGCGUCAGGUAUUAUUUGCUUUUCUAAAAGGAUUUUAGGUGUGAAAACAGGAUUGUGUUUUUUUUUGUUUUUUUUUUGUGACGGAUCCUGAAGCCUCAACAGUUACUCUACGCCGCCCCCAGCAGGAAAUGGAAGGAACUGGAUUCCCCAUCAGCUGAUUGGUUCAUCCCUUUCCGCUUAAAUGAUCUGAAAUAAUCAAAAGGAGCUUUGUGAAGCCAAACUUUCAUCAUGUUCAGUUUCGCUGCUUCUCCGCAAACUGUGCUGUGCAAAUCUGUAACUAAUCAGAAAUUAGUGAGUAGAAGUCUGUGGCGUGCUGAAGCUGCAGUUGUGGUUCCAUUUCCCAUCACCUUCUGGGUCAGCAAGUACUUUCAUCUUUAAGUACUCUCCUCACAUGUUGUACUGUGUGUAGAACUAACAAUAGCAGAAAUUAAUUCCAUUUUAAUUAUGUUUUUCUAACAUUUUCCAGUUUAUUUUGUGGAAAACCGGGCAACAGCAUCUCUACAUUCAGGUUUGACUCAUUGCCAAGGUAUCGGUGGAGGCAGGGAAGUCUAGGAAAAGUGAAUCCCCGAUUAUCAAGUUGUUUGGAGUGGCAACUAGUAGAAGAGUUGACGCGCAGCACCACUGUGUCGAUGUCUGCGUUCACAAAGCAGAAAAAUAUGACUCAAAUCCAACUUUAUUUUAUUUAUUUAUUUUUUUACAAUAUCCGACUUUCUCAUGGAAGUCUGAACGGCACAAUUCUGAUCUUUUCACCCCAAGAUAAAUCAGAUUUGUUCCACAUAUAUGUGGGACUAAAUUAUAACCGAUAUUUUUCAAAGCGUCAGCAGUAGGAACAGUCAUCUUAUUCAACUUUAACACCAUAAUUCUGCACCAGAAGACGGCAGAUGCUGUAAAUCUGGACGUAAACAACGGCUGAAAAUUAUAAUUAUGAAAUUAUGAACGCCGUCCGUGUCAACGAAGCGCAUCACAUCACAGCCCACCACUUUUAGUUCCAACCUCACAUCCAGAGCUGUGUUCUUGUUAUGUUCUCGUGACGAUGCGGCCGACUCUGAAGAACUUUCAAAUCGAUCGAUAGACGGCGGCCAUUAUUACUGCUGUAAACAGAGCGCAGCUGUGUGACAUAAGUAAGUAAAACCAAGAUAAAAAUCGCAAAGUGCUUCAACAAACAAGAUAAGUGCACAAAACAAAAUUAAGCAAGAGCAGAUUUAGAUCAGUAUGUCUGCGCGCGUGGCUCACUGUUCACACAGAAAACUUAUUGCGGUCGCAUUUAAUUAGUAGCAUGAACGACCGCGCAGAAAAAAUAACUCGGAUUUCAGUAAAAAAAAAAAAAAAGAAAAUCAGAAUUGAGCAUCAAGACCUGCUGUGUGAAAAUCUCC